CAUGCCCGGAUAACCCGUGACUCGUAAUUUGUCGAUAGCGCAAUGGAAAUGCUCACCGAAGAUGUCUUUUGGCUUUUGAUGGCUGCUGUCGGUGCUGUGGCAGUCGCUUUUCUCAUUCAUUUUAUUGCUUUCCGACGAUCUGUCGUGCAUCCACCAUCACUAGUAGACGAGAGCUCUGUUUCAAGUUCUGACUUCUCUGAAAUGACUAUUAAGAGCAAGAACUUACAACGAGCCCAGACGGUGAAGGCAAAGUCCAAAGCUCCAGACAAACAUCCGCUUCAAGCUGCUCAUUUGAAAGGACACACAGGAGUUGUUUUAUCCCUAGACUUUAGUGUAGAUGGCAAGUACUUGGCUUCCUGCGCUACUGACAGAACAGUGAGAGUUUGGAACAUAAAAGACUUCUUAGAGAAAGAUCACAAGUACAUUAGAGUCAAUGUGGAAUUUGACUGUGCCAAGUCUGUCAGUAUAAGUCCUGACUCAAAGGCUGUGGUAGGUUCGACUGAGGAUGGCAAUAAUGUGAGAGUGUUUAAGCUGACCAGGAAGAAAGAUGGUACAGGAGCAUGCUCUGAUGUUGUUGACUUUCCAAAGGAGCACAAUGCAGCAAUCAUUUCAGCAGCUAUAGCCUCAACUGGUCGGUUCAUUCUCACGUGUUACAGCGAUACAACCUUUAUUAUAUGGGAUCUGAAAGGUGAAGUAUUGGCCAAAGAGGACACUAAACAAAUGCAAAAUCACUUUGCAUGUAUCUCACCUUGUGGUCGAUUUGUAGCAUGUACAGGGUUUACUCCUGAUGUCAAGCUCUGGGAGGUUGUCUUUGCCAAGUCUGGAGAAUUUAGUGGGGUGACUAGAGCAAUGGAUCUAAAAGGCCACAAGGCUGCAGUCUAUUGUUGUGCAUUUUCAAAGGACAGUACAAGGGCUGCAACAGUAUCUAAAGAUGGCAGUUGGAAGUUCUGGAAUCAGGAUGUUCAAUACAAGCUCCAGCAGGAUCCUCAUCUUUUAAUGACUGGCAAGUACAAGCACAGUGGACCAGCUCAAAUUGGUUUAUCACCAGAUGGUUUAGUAGCAGCCAUUGCUGCUGAAUCAUCUAUUAGUUUAUAUGAAACUGCAAAUGGUUCACUGGCAACGACGCUGGACAAUGUGCACACCAGUCCCAUUUGUAGACUGGUGUGGGAUCCACUUGGUAGAUACUUUGCAUCUUGUGGUGGGAAUGACAAGCAUAUUCGGGUGUGGCAUAAUGCACCUGGCUACAGAGCACAAAUGGCUGAUUGUAAGAAUAAGAUCUUCAAUGCAAAAAGUGAUGUAUUAAAGGAACGGCUAAGGCAGCAAAUAAAGGAAGCAGAGCAGUCACUGGAAGCAAUUGGUGCACAGAGCAAUGGUAUAUGAAGAUGGCUUUUCAAUGACAAAUCUCUUUCAUGCCUGCUUUCACAGUCAAUGUACUGUACUACUGUAGUAGUCACUGAAGUCUAUUCUGUGUUUCUGUAAUAGAAGAGCUCAAUAGGAUAUAUAUGAGCAAACGUCUCACUACAAUAAAAGCUAAAAGCUGUAAUACACAAUUCAGUUUUCCUGUUGA